UUCUUUCCUUUGGAAUGCUCAUUUAUCUGAUUAGGUCACAUAGUUGAGUUCAGGGACCACUGUUGAGCAUUGACAAGGAAAGUCUGCCCCCUCAUUUCUUGAGUCAUCAGAUCAAGGAGCCGUAUCUGUUUACCUAAAGAGAGGGAGAGGAGGAGGGAGGGAGAGAAUAGACAUAACACGGAGUAACAGCCAGGAGAGAGUUUACAAAACAAAAAGAGGUAGAUAAAAGUGGGCGAGGACACGCACUGGUCUCCACAGCGCCGAGCUGUCACAAGCCAUCUGGGUCCUCUCAUAAUCCCCCAUCAAACAGCCCGACUGGCCAGAAAGAAAAGAGUGGAGGAAAAGAGGGGAAGAGGGAGAGAUCUGGACGGUGAGAGAGACGGAGAUCUGGAAGGAGAAAGAGAGAGAGAGAUUUGGAUGGUGAGAGAGAGAGAAAUAUCUGGGUGGGGAAAAAGAGAGAGAGAGAGAUCUGGACAGUGAGAGAGAGAGAGAUCUGGACGGUGAGAGAGGGAGAGAGAGAGAGAGAGAGAUCUGGACGGUGAGAGAGAGAGAGAGAGAGAGAGAUCUGGACGGAGAAAGAACAAAUGUGAAGAGAAAAGCGAAGAUGCCGGAGAACAAGGCGACAGUGUACAGGACCAGCAGCUACCUUUCCCACUCUGCCUACAGGAAGAUCAAGCGGGUUCUGAGCUUCAGGAGGCGCGUGUUUGGCCAGCGGCUGGAGGAGACGGUUCUGUAUGAGCGGCGUUACGGGGUACACAUGGCACCGCUGGUGGUGGAGCAGUGUGUGGACUUCAUCCGGGAGCGGGGUCUUCUGGAGGUGGGAUUGUUCCGCCAGCCAGGCCAGGCCACGCUGGUUAAAGAGUUGCAGGAUGCCUUCGACGCUGGGGAGAAGCCCUCCUUUGACAGUACAGACGUGCACACCGUGGCGUCGCUCCUGAAGCUGUAUCUGCGGGAGCUGCCAGAGCCACUGGUGCCCUUCUCUAGAUACCAGGACUUCCUGGUGUGUGGCAAGAAGAUUUCCUCUGAGAGGAAGCAGAGUUUGACAGAACUACGGCAUCUUCUUCAUCAACUUCCAGUGGCUAACUUCAACCUGCUCAACUACAUCUGUCAGUUUUUGAAUGAAGUCCAGUCCUAUUCUAGCAGCAACAAGAUGAGCACCCAGAACCUGGCUACUGUUUUUGGCCCAAACAUCCUACGACCCAAAGCUGAAGAUCCAGAGAGUAUCAUUGGAGGGGCAGCCGUGGUGCAGCAGCUUAUGUCCGAGCUGAUUAGGGAACACCUGUGCCUUUUCUCCAGGGAGGGGGGAGACAUAGAGGCCCCUGGCUCUUCACGCCCUGACUCUUACCCAUGUCAGAGAUGGAAAGGAGACCCAUUCGAGGGGGCGCACAUCCAGCCAACAGCCCAGACCCAGUCGCAUGAUUACAGUCUGGGCAUAACAGCCGAGCACCUCCCCCAACAACAGCUAGCACACCAUCCUUCCCCUUGCUCCCGCCAGCUCUCCCUGCCUCAGAUCCCUAAGAGGAGAGUUUCGGCCCAAAACCCAGAUGAAACCAGCUUAGCCACACGGCUGUCCAUCACAGACCACCAGCAGCAGCCAGCUGAGGUGUUCUCUCCAGUGAGUCUUGCUUCUGGGCCUCUGUACCACAGACACACUCUGUCCCAGUCAGAGUCCCAGCCCACUGAGACCGCAGACAGCCCCCACCCUGCCUCCCAACUCACAGAAUCUGCAUCCACAGUGACGCUACAGGCAGCCCCAGAACCCAGCAGCAUGCUGCUCAUUGGCUGGAGGGGCCCAGAGGAUCCCAGCUGGGCUGCAGAACAGGGGACUACUGGCACCAGUGGUAGCAGUGAGGCUCAGGACAGUACCCUGUCUGUCUAUGACAACCUGGACACACUACAACGCAUGGAGGAGGUGGCUGCGGAUGGUGGUGGGGGCAGCCCUGCUGGCCCAGUGGAGGUGGAGGUGGGCACGGCCAGCAUGGUAGACACCAGAAGCUCCUGGUCUUCCUGUGAGAUUCUGUCCCUGGAAAACAAUGGGUGUGGUGUGGUCAGAACCAGCCCAGGACGGGGGUCCACUAGAUUCCCCUCCUUCAGGACUGACCCAGGAGACGAGGACCUCCCUCCUAACUCCCCAGCCUCCUCCUCUGCCCUCACUGAUGCCCCCCUGAGCACGGGCAGCUCGGAGGUCUUCCUGCCCUCUGCUCCUCCGGACCUCCGCGUCCCCCCGGCCUCCCAGGCCAUGCACUGGCUCUUGACUGGCCUCAGACAACAGAUGGCCAGGCAGAGGGCUGAGUUCGAGGCCAAGAUCCAGAGGUUGGAGAUGCGUAACGAGGCCCUCCAGGGGGAGGUGGUGGGACUGCGGACCAGCCUGGAGCAGCAGCGCCGCUGGCACAGUGUGGCCGAGAUCAAGAUCCGCAACGUGGAGCGUGCCAGGGCCGAUGCCGACCGCCGCAACACCACUCUGCAGAGGGAGAUGGAGCAGUUCUUUGAUACCUUCGGAGAGCUGAACACUGAGGCCCGGAAGAGCGAAGGGCCACCAUGAACACAGCUCCAGUCCAGUCUGUCCCCAGCAGACUGCCACCAUGAACACAGCUACAGUCCAGUUUGUUCCCAGCAGACUGCCACCAUGAACACAGCUCCAGUCCAGUUUUCCCAGCAGACUGCCACCAUGAACACAGCUCCAGUCCAGUUUGUUCCCAGCAGACUGCCACCAUGAACACAGCUCCAGUCCAGUCUGUCCCCAGCAGACUGCCACCAUGAACACAGCUACAGUCCAGUUUGUUCCCAGCAGACUGCCACCAUGAACACAGCUCCAGUCCAGUUUUCCCAGCAGACUGCCACCAUGAACACAGCUCCAGUCCAGUUUGUUCCCAGCAGACUGCCACCAUGAACACAGCUCCAGUCCAGUCUGUCCCCAGCAGACUGCCACCAUGAACACAGCUCCAGUCCAGUUUGUUCCCAGCAGACUGCCACCAUGAACACAGCUCCAGUCCAGUUUGUUCCCAGCAGACUGCCACCAUGAACACAGCUCCAGUCCAGUUUGUUCCUCGCAGACUGCCACCAUGAACACAGCUCCAGUCCAGUUUGUUCCUAGAAGACUGCCACCAUGAACACAGCUCCAGUCCAGUUUGUUCCUAGCAGACUGCCACCAUGAACACAGCUCCAGUCCAGUUUGUUCCCAGCAGGACUGAGGCAAAGACAUUAGCAUGGAUCUGUCGGUCAGGUAUCACAAGAACAUUUCUCCUGUCACCACACUGAGGUUCUAGAGGUUCCACAAACAGACGUAUCGCUAUGAAGUCAAUCAACACACAGUAAAGCAUUAGAGGCUAGAUUCAACAUUGCCCAUUGAAGGAUUGAGAAUGAGAGGGUAUCUGGAGGACAGAGAUUGCACAGAAAAGGAAAGAAAAUGCAGACUCAAGACUGAUGGGAAGAUGACACACUUGCUUGUGUUUCGGGGGAGUUUGGAUAGUUAUACAAUUUUUUGAAAGAAAUCUGAAAAAGAACAGAAUGCAUGAUUGUAUCCCUCUUUUAAUCAAUAUUUUUCUUGGAAUGACUUUAAGCUGAAAUUGUCUAGAAAGUGCAAUGUAUCCACCAUUCACCUUUUUUCCCAUUCAGUUUCAUUAUAAUACAUCUUUCAAACAUCAACACAUUUCUGACAUGUUUCCCAUUGCAUUUUAACAAUAGUUUGUUCCAGAAUAAAUGGAUGUAUUUUGUACAGUU